GAUUCGAACAGUGCAUUUGUUUUAAGUCUGUCUUUCUAAUAGGUCGCACAUUACGCGAAUACGGUCGGUGUGUAUCGGAAGCUUUUCGUUGUUAAGUUUUAAUACUAAAAAUGAGGGAAAUAGUUCAUAUACAGGCUGGCCAAUGCGGCAACCAAAUCGGUGCUAAGUUCUGGGAAGUAAUUUCUGACGAGCAUGGUAUUGACCCCACCGGGACGUACCACGGUGACUCCGACCUUCAGUUGGAGCGCAUCAACGUGUACUACAAUGAGGCGACGGGCGGCAAGUAUGUGCCUCGGGCCAUCCUCGUCGACCUCGAGCCAGGGACCAUGGACUCCGUGCGCUCUGGACCCUUCGGACAAAUCUUUCGGCCUGACAACUUCGUCUUCGGGCAGUCGGGAGCAGGGAACAACUGGGCCAAAGGCCAUUACACAGAAGGCGCAGAAUUAGUUGACUCGGUCCUAGAUGUAGUAAGGAAGGAAGCUGAAGGAUGCGACUGUCUCCAAGGCUUCCAGCUCACACAUUCUCUCGGGGGCGGCACCGGAGCCGGGCUAGGCACUUUACUUAUCUCUAAGAUUCGAGAAGAGUACCCAGAUCGCAUUAUGAAUACUUUUAGUGUAGUACCAUCCCCGAAAGUGUCAGAUACUGUAGUCGAACCGUACAACGCCACUCUGUCAGUACAUCAGCUAGUAGAAAACACUGACGAAUCUUAUUGCAUCGACAACGAAGCGCUAUACGACAUUUGUUUCCGAACUCUGAAGCUAACCACACCGACCUACGGCGAUCUGAACCACCUGGUAUCUGCGACAAUGUCUGGUGUCACUACUUGCCUUCGAUUCCCUGGUCAACUGAAUGCAGAUUUGAGGAAGCUAGCUGUGAACAUGGUACCAUUCCCUCGUCUGCACUUUUUCAUCCCAGGAUUUGCGCCACUUACGUCCAGAGGAAGCCAACAGUACAGGGCUCUGACUGUUCCAGAGCUGACUCAACAGAUGUUUGAUGCUAAGAAUAUGAUGGCGGCCUGUGAUCCACGUCACGGGAGGUAUCUGACUGUCGCGGCUGUCUUCAGAGGCCGCAUGUCAAUGAAAGAGGUUGACGAGCAGAUGAUGAACAUUCAGAACAAAAACUCUUCGUACUUCGUGGAGUGGAUUCCAAACAACGUGAAGACAGCGGUGUGCGAUAUCCCACCGCGAGGUUUGAAGAUGUCAGCGACCUUCAUCGGAAACUCGACAGCGAUUCAGGAGUUGUUCAAGCGUAUUUCUGAGCAGUUCACUGCUAUGUUUAGACGUAAGGCUUUCCUGCAUUGGUACACCGGCGAGGGGAUGGAUGAGAUGGAGUUCACUGAAGCAGAGAGCAACAUGAACGAUCUGGUUUCGGAGUACCAGCAGUACCAGGAUGCCACCGCUGAGGAAGAAGGAGAAUUUGACGAAGAGGAGGAAGGUGGCGACGAAGGGGACUAGACUAUUGCGUUUUGUUAAGAUUUGCAUUAUAUUUUAUAUUUUGUA